UCCUUUGGAGCGGUUGGUUUUGAUUGCGGGUUGCCGGCUCCGAAGAUCGGGCCAUGGACAACUUCGCGGCGGCGCACGGCGCCUGGCAGCAGCAUCUGGGCAGAGAGAAGCGGGCGCGACAAAAGACCACGUUGGUGUACUAUGGUCGGAAAGGAGGUAAAGAACUGCUGGCGCCCAAAGCUCCACCCGCGCCGACGGUGGAAGACGUGUCCAAGGUGAUGUUCGACAGGCUCUACCAGUCCAACUCCCUCCCGGCUUUGAGCGAGGCUCCGAGCUCGAGGGGCCCGCGGCGCUUGAAGUCCUGUGGCCUCGAGCGGCUGCCGGAGAGGCGGGAGGCAAUGACGGCCUGCUCGAACAGAUCCAAUGCCAGCAGGAGAAGCCGAGCGGCAUCCAGUGGCGGGCAAAGCAGGCAAGAGCAAAACCUCCUGUUCUUCAACGACCAGCAGAGGCAGCGCACCCCCUCCAUCCGGAGCUCGAUGUCGCAGCUCAGCGCCACCUCCUCGCUGUGGUUAGAGGUGGAGAAAGCCGUGCAGGAAGAGGUCGCAAAGGUGGUCAAGCCUCUGCAAGAGCGGCUCGUUUGCGAGGAGCAAGCGCGGAAGCGUGCAGAGGAAGCGUUGCGGAUCUGUGGUGGAGCAGAGGCUGAGAUGCCUUCCUGAUGCCGCGCGAGCUGGGCUCUUGUAAUCAACAUGGCCGCCCGCAUGUCGAACAUGUCUCAUGCCAUAGGUG